AUGCCCAACUACAUCGAAUUAUUUCAGCCAGUCCGGGAUCUAUUCAAUCAACAUGCCAUUCAGACAGUUUUAAUGGCAUGGCUGCCAACCAAACUUGCCCCUCAUCUUACACAAAACAUGUCGGUUGAUAUGUUUGUAAUAAGUGCAUCAGCCACGGUACUUACCGCAUUAUUGUUAUCGUUCUUUGGAUUAUGUUAUAGUUUAUAUUCCGGCUCUUUGCCUUGGCAUCAAAAUACGAUCACAGUUCAAGUUGAAUAUUACGAAACGGGAAUUUACGGUGAUCAAUCAAUAUCGGUAUUAUACGAGGCACUGUCUUGGUUAAUUAGUGGUCAAACUCAAAAACUACGAAAAGGACAAUUUAUAGUACAACCAAAAGCUUUACAUUGGGAUGAAAUCGUUGAAGAUGAUUGUAAACCUCCGGAUUUUAAUAUGCUGCCUGAACCUAAUCAAGAGGUCGAGGUCGAAUACAAAAAUCGUAAAUUCAAGGUAUUUCUUAGAAAGCCGGAAGAAGACGAAGCUAACAACAAUAACGGCAAUAACAACGUCAAUAAUAGCAACCCAGAUGCAGCAAAACCAAUGCCAUCAAUUUAUUUGACCACAAUCGAAGAUAAACACGCACAACUCAAUGUCGUCUCAGAUUUUAUUAAUGAGGUGACACGUGCUUAUCUCGAGGACAAGAAAAAGAAAAAGACCCGUGGACGAUACGAACGUACUGACGGUUAUUGGUAUCGAGUUCAAGCAUUGGGUGCCAGCCGAGGAUUAGAAACGGUAGCGUUGGACGAAAAUUAUGAGAAAUUAUUAAACAAGGAAUUAAACACCUUUGUUAAUGAUAAAGAUUUUUAUGCUCGUAUUGGAAUGCCUUAUCGUCGUGGAAUCCUUUUAUACGGAAGACCAGGAACCGGCAAAACAAGCCUCAUUAAUGCUAUUUCGGCUCACCUUAAUCGUGACCUUUACUUUAUCAAUUUGAAAAAUGUUAAACUAGACAAUGAAUUGAGUUCGGCAUUUAGUGGUGUUCCACCCAAUCAAAUCAUUGUUCUAGAAGAUAUUGACACGAUGUCUAAAGUUGUCCAUAAACGAGCACGAAACUCAAAGCCAGCUGUUUUUUCUGUGUUACCCGAAGAUUCCUCGAAUAGUGGAGAUGGAGACAAGACGAGUGGAACAUCUGGUCCGUCAUAUUCAUCAAAUUUCAGUCUCUCGACUUUUCUAAGUUGCCUUGACGGUCAUAUUUUGUCCGAAGGAAAUAUUAUCAUCAUGACUACGAACCACGUGGAACAGCUUGAUCCAGCAGUUAUUCGUCCAGGUCGUAUGGAUGUCAGAUUAGACCUUGGCUACUGCACUCAUUACCAAAUCAAUAAAAUGUAUCAAAGCAUUCUCGAAGACAAAAUCGCAGAAUUUCCCAAAGAAAUUCUCGAUAAAAUCCCGGAACGUAUAUUACCUCCGUGUGAAGUUAUGAUGAAAAUGGUGCUAUAUCGAAGUGAGCCUGAAUUAAUUCCGGAAAACGUUUUGGAAUUGGUUGAUAUUUACCGGGAAAGAGAAUAUAUUCCACUCGAGGAUCUUAUAAUUGAAGACGAAGAAGAAAACAAAGAAAAGAAAAACGAUGAGAAUGUUGUUGAAGCUUCGGGAAGUGAAAAAGCUAAAGAUGAAACUUCUGAAAAAGACGAAUCACGACAACCACCACCUCCAUUGACACUGAUAAUUUAG